AUGUCUCUGCCACAACAAUAUAGGCCAAGGAUCCAACGCCCUAACAUUAGUGAUAGAUGGAAAGGGAAAGCACAUGGACAAGCUUAUACCCUGACAGGAGGUAGUUCUGGAGGACAGGCCAACAACACGGUGGUUGAGGGUAUGCUCCUAAUCUCUCACUCCUUAGCACAUGUGUUGUUUGAUACUGGUGCUACUCAUUCUUUUAUGUCAAGUUCUUUUGUGCAAGCCUUGAAACUGAAAUCUAAAAGCUUGGAAACCCCAAUGACUUUGAACUCCCCGCUGGGAUGUGUGGAGGUAACUAUUGUGUGUAGAUUGUGUGAAAUCACGAUUGAAGAUGAGCGAUUGAGAGUUGACCUAGUAAUCCUUCCGAUGAGUCUGUUUGACGUGGUACUCAGAAUGAAUUGGUUGGCAAGAUACGGUGUGAUUGUCGAUUGCUACCGUAGGAGAGUGACUUUGAUGACUAAAUCCGGAGUGAUAAUCACUUAUCAAGUGGAUAUGAAUCCAGUCCUGGAAGAACAGCUGUUGAGAUACAGCGUUGGGGGACGUAGGAACCUCGCUUGCUUCUUUUUCCUUCUUGCUCUAGAAGGUGAACCCGAGGUAAUUAGAGACAGUGUGGGAAUUCCUGUGGUGGAUGAGUUUGCAGAUGUUUUUCCUGGAGAGCUACCCAGCUUACCACUGGAUCGGGAGAUUGAAUUUGGCAUUGAUUUGAUUCCGGGAACGGCCCCUAUUUCUAUUCCUUCCUAUUGA